GCGAGGCAGUAAAGCAAGCGCACACAGACACAGCUAGCGUUUCCAACUCGGUUCGGUCAGUAUUGUCAGUGCGACCAAGAGCUGACAACCAGCAAGUAUUCCCUUCGAUAUUUCAGUCAAUUUAAAUAUAUCUUUGAUGAACAGAAAACGAAUUUAAUCGCGCGUCGGAACUAUCAUUCUGCCAUUUACAAAGACUAAAGAAUAGUUUCAAAACCAGUUUUAUUCUCGCUAUGUAGAUGUCUCGGUUGGAGUACUAGGAACGGGAGCACGCUGAUCUGUGAUCCAAGAUGAGUGGGACCAACGCGGCUUCUGGAGCGGCGCCUUGCCGUUUUGCUCACUACUUUGUGAUAUGCGGAAUAGACACCGAAACUGGGCUGGAACCGGACGAAUUAGCCGCUUUGUACCAAUGGCUAGAGGCUGACCGCCAAGGCAGGGACCCCGAUACAGCAGCCACAGGGGAGAACUUUGAGCAGAGCCCCCUGAAGAGGACGUUCAAGUCUAAAGUCCUGGCCCACUACCCUGAGAACGUGGAGUGGAACCCCUUCGACCAGGAUGCUGUCAACAUGCUCUGUAUGCCCAAAGGCCUGUCGUUCAGGACACAGGCAGACAGCCGCGAGCCCCAGUUCCACUCCUUCCUGAUCACGCGGGAGGACGGCUCUCGCACUUACGGCUUCGUCCACACCUUCUACGAGGAGGUGACAUCGCCUCAGAUCUGCUCGGCCAUGCAGACCCUCUACCAGAUGCACCAGGCCGAGAACCCUUCCUCCGCCACCCCCUCCUCCUCUUCCUCCUCUUCCUCCAGUAUGGACUCUCUGGCUAGCAGCCUCGACGAAGCAGAUUCCCCGUCUUCAUCCUCGUGCCGGUCGGCGGCGUGCGGCGGCUACGACGCGUCGCGUGACACGCUCUAUGUCUCCAAGGCGUUGUGUCUGAUCACGCCCAUGCCCUUCAUGCACGCCUGCCGCCGUUUCCUGUCCCAGGUGCACCGGGCCGUCACGGCCUCCUUGCCUCCACCCCUCCCCCUGGAGAGCUACGUGCACAACAUCCUGUACGAGGUGCCCCUGCCCCCUCCGGGGCGCUCGCUGAAGUUCCACGGGGUGUACGAGCCCAUUGUGUGUCAGCGUCCUGGGCCCGGGGAGCUGCCUCUGGCUGACUUCCCUCUGGGCCAGACCUUCCCUCUGCUGGGGGUAGAGAACCUGGUGCAGCUGUUCAACUGUACCCUGCUGGAGAUGCAGAUUCUGCUCUACUCACAGGACUACCAGCGGUUGAUGACAGUUGCGGAGGGUAUCACCACCCUGCUCUUCCCGUUCCAGUGGCAGCAUGUCUACGUGCCCAUCCUACCCGCGUCACUGCUGCACUUCCUGGAUGCCCCCGUGCCCUACCUCAUGGGCCUGCAGUCCAAGGAGGGCACCGAUCGCUCCAAACUAGAGCUGCCACAGGAGGCUAACCUCUGCUUUGUGGACAUUGACAACCACUGUAUCGAGCUGCCUGAAGACUUCCCCCAGUUCCCUAACAAACCAGAGUUAAUCCAGGAGCUCAGCGAAGUCCUCCUCCGCUACGGCAUAUCCCCAGUGGGGGGCGCUCCUCCAACCUCUGUCCCCACCUCCACCACCACCCUUGGGUCUGUCUCUGUCUCUACCCGUCACACUGGUCUGAAGAGCCAACAGGCCCUGAGGGAGCUAGAGGACGAUGGGAGGAAUGGGAACCUAGGAGGGGAACAGUUAGCUGUGUUGGAGCUUCUCCAAGGGAACGCUACUCUGGAAAGACUCCAGGCUCUGGCUAAGAGAACGGGGGUCCGCGUGGAAGCCCUGAGGGGGGUAGGGGGUGAGGGAGAGGCUCAGGGGGGGAGGACAGCAGUCGAUGAGGAGGAGCUGAGGAACGCUAAGCUGAAUGUACAGCUGAGGGAGGUGUUCGCUAGCAGGUUUACCAUGAUGUUCGCAGACUAUGAGGCCUUCGUCAUCCAGAGCGCUCCAGACCUGGAGUCCUGGCUCACCAACCGAGAGCAGAUGCACAACUUUGAUAAGGCAUCCUUCCUGUCUGACCAGCCGGAGCCCUACCUGCCCUUCCUGUCCCACUUCAUCGAGACCCAGAUGUUCGCCACCUUCAUCGACAACAAGAUCAUGUCCCAAUGGGAGGAGAAGGAGCCGCUGCUCCGCGUGUUCGACGGACGCAUCGAUAAAGCUCGUCUAUACAAUGUUAGAGCCCCAAGUCUGCGAUCCUCCAACUACCAGAGAUGCACCAUCCUCAAGGAGUCAGCCCAGGCCAUCGAACAGCGGCUGCUGAAGAUCGACCACACAGCCAUCCACCCCCACCUGUUGGAUAUGAAGAUUGGACAGGGCAAAUAUGAACAAGGCUUCUUCCCCAAACUGCAGUCUGAUGUGCUCUCAGUCGGACCCACCAAUAACAACAGGUGGUCCAAUCGUACCGCUACGGCUCAGCGCAGGAAAGACCGUCACAGACAACAAACAGAACACUUGACUCUAGAUAACGACCUCAAAGAGAAGUACAUGCAGGAGGCUCGGAGCCUGGGGAAGAACCUCCGUCAGCCCAAGCUGUCUGACCUCUCACCUGCCGUCAUCGCUCAGACCAACUGGAAGUUUGUAGAGGGACUACUCAAGGAGUGUCGCAUGAAGACUAAGCGUAUGUUGGUGGAGAAGAUGGGCAGGGAGGCGGUGGAGCUGGGUCAUGGGGAGGCAAACAUCACAGGUCUGGAGGAGAACACUCUCAUCGCCUCCCUCUGUGACCUGCUAGAGAGGAUCUGGAGCCAUGGCCUGCAGGUCAAACAGGGGAAGUCAGCUCUGUGGUCCCACCUUCUGCACUACCAGGCCAGAGAGGAGACACUGGAGCAGCAGCAGGCAGAGUCACCAGUGUCAAAUGGUCCAGAGAGACGAAAGUCUGAGUCGUCAUUAGGGAUGCCAUCGCUGCGAGAGUCCGUCAUACAGGAUAUGAGGCACAUCCAGAGUAUGGGGGAGAUAAAGACGGAUGUGGGCAGAGCGAGGGCCUGGAUCCGUCUUUCUCUGGAGAAGAAGCUGCUCUCACAACACCUCAAACGGUUGCUGUCCCGCCAAGCCUUAACCAAGAAGUUGUAUAAGCGCUACGCCUUCCUGCGCUGUGAGGAGGAGAAGGAGCAGUUCCUGUUUCACCUGCUCUCCCUCAACACUGUCGACUACUUUUGUUUCACCAGUGUCUUCACCACCAUCAUGAUCCCGUACCGCGCCGUCAUCAUCCCAAUCAAGAAGCUGAGCAACGCCAUGACGACCUCCAACCCGUGGGUGUGUGUGUCGGGUGAGCUGGGCGACUCGGGCGUCAGGCAGAUCACCAAGAACGUCCUGGAGAUAACCUUCGAUUCUGCUUUCAGGCCACACACUCACAUCGACGCCAUGUUCAAGUGUCAGAACCUGGGUAAGCUGACUACAGUCCAGUUGGGUCAUGAUAACUCUGGGCUGCUGGCUAAAUGGUUGGUGGACUGUGUCAUGGUCCGCAACGAGAUCACAGGACACACCUACAAGUUCCCGUGUGGGCGGUGGCUUGGCAAAGGCGUGGACGACGGCAGUCUGGAGCGUGUUCUGAUUGGUGAGCUGGCAUCGCCCAACGCCGAUGAGGAUUGUGGGAGAGGGUGUCGCACGCCUGACAUGCAGCAUUCGCCGGGUCAGACCAGACGCGCCAGCAUCACCUCGAUGGGAGGACGCGGAUACAAGCCCACCUCCGCUCAAAUCCAGGAGGCCAUUGGCGAGGCAGUGAACAGCAUCUGCAAACACUUCCACAAGCCUGAGAAAGAGAGGGGCAGUCUGACCAUCCUGCUGUGUGGUGAGGUCGGUCUGGUCGGGGCUCUGGAGCUGUUCUUCCACAACGGCUUCAAGUCCGCCCGCCUCUUCCAGAAGACUGUCUUUGUCUGGGACUUUGUGGAGAAGGCGGUGGCUUACAUGGAGUCAGCAGACCAGAUGGGGGACAUGCAGGAGACUGCUGAGCCCCUGGGCCUGACCUGUGUCUCUCUCUGUCACUAUGUCAGUGCCAUCAACUCCUCGCCCAGGAACAUUGGCAAGGAUGGCAAGUUCCAGCUGCUUGUCUGCCUGGGGGCCAGAGAUCGUCUGCUGAUUCAGUGGCUCCCUCUGUUGGUGGAGUGUCCAGUGAUCCAGCGGAUGUAUGAGGAGUCUGCUCUGCUGCGGGACCGGACCACGGUCAACGAUCUCAUUGCUGUCCUGCAGACUCUCCACGACUUCCCCAUCACCCUGGAGGCCUCGCUCGUCAAGGGCAUUGACCUUUAACCCCUACCGCACAGCCUGCUGGGAAACCACCCAGUCCAGGACCACAUUACCCACAAACCCUUGCUCUGUUCCCUUUUGCCCUUUCACUGUCCCUGUCGUCGUCGAGGCCUGCUUCAGCUGAUUCACUCUGGGAAAAGUCUUAUAGGGAGGGAAGUAAAGAUUGAGGACUUUAGAAAGAGACCAGAGACGGUUCGCUACCAAAGCAAUCGAUUCCACUGCUUCAGAACAGAAGUUUGGGCUUUGAAUCAUUGAUGAGUGAUGAUGCAGUAUUAUUAUUACAUAGCUUGUGGUUUUGAAAAUAUCCUUUUUGAUAUUUAAUAAGAAGGGACUGUUUUUAAAGAAAACCCAUGGAUGUUUCCCUAUGUGCUCUGUGUGUAGCCCACUGUAGGUAGCUUUUCAAUGGACACUUUUUGCCUGUGUGAUGGAGAUCCUAUCUUUGCCUGUCUGCCAUCUCUCUGUCUGCUGGAUCCUGCUCCAACUUCAGCUAGCGUUACCAUUAGCAAGCAUGCCUGUGGGUCAUAGUAGGCCAGGAAUAAGGAAACCAAAAACAGAAAGUGACUGUUUGCCCCUGCUGCCUCUCCAUAGUCUCUGCACUGGGAAUAUAAAUUGGUGAAACUUCAUCAGUUGGGUGAAGAUGACUACCAUGGAAAGAAAAACUGGACUCUUGUGUGCAAUGCAGCUUUUUGAUUGGAUGUUGGCUCAUUCUAGAUACACCUACUGUGUUGGACUGGAUCUUUGUUCUGCUUUGUGAUUGGCUAGCAGAUCUUGGCGGACACAAACACUGCGCUGAAUUGGAGAGGUCUUUCCUAGGAGGCAGGGGCUUUUCUAGGGUUGCAUGGACAUUCCAAACAAAUUACAGGCAUUGACCUGACCCUAUUUCAAACUGUGUGUGUCUAUGUACAGAGUGUACAAAACAUUAAGAACACCUUCCUAAUAUUGCAAUUCGGGGCACCUCCCCCUUGCCCUCAGAACAGCUUCAAUUCGUCAUGGCAUGGACUCUACAAGGA